AUGUCCAGGUUCAUUUGCACAGUGGAAACACGAGAUAUGGUGGUGCCGGAAACCGAGUUGAAAGAGCAUUCUAAUUCAUUUCCAUUCGGCACACGCUUGGAAAACAAAAAUCUGUCGAGUGUGGAAUUUUCGGUCGUCAGCAAAGCACUGCGACUUUCUUUAAAAACAGAGCAGAAACAUCUGACGCGAUUACAUCAAACAAUAUCCAGAAGUGCUAGCUUUCGAAGGUUAUUCUCUUCAACAAGACUAGCUACUUCAAUACAAUCGCAUCAACCCGACGAUGUGCCACCAAUCUAA